AUGUUCGGACUGUAUUUGAAAUAUGAAAAUGUUUUCAAUAUUUAUUAUCGCCUAUCUCCUCCUGUUGGCAUUCGGAAAUGCCGCUCGAUAUGAAUUCAUAUUUGACAAUGAGGAAAUUUUCGAAAGCUGCCCUGGAAUACCGGGGAACAAUGGUGUGCACGACUUGUUCGAUCUCAGUGACAUGAUAUUUGAGUUGAGUGAAGGACGGUUGGAAGUCAGUGGGAACUCAACAUCGGUAUGGGAGGGGGUUGAGCCAACGGAUCGUAUACAAGGACGCGGAGACCUUUAUAAGUUUCAACGUGGAGCAUGGCAGGUGACACCGCUGACAUUUGCGGUAAAUGAUUUUUGUAGUGUGCAAUAUAGCAAUAGCUCAGCUUGGUAUCAAAUGUGGACCAAACGAAUAGCUCCGGAAGAUCGUAAAUGCAUAAAUGUUUAUGGGCACGUCUACCAUUACAUGCACCUUCCGGUGGAUACUGUCUUCGAAUAUCCCGUCAAUAUAGAAGGUCGCCAUAAACUUGUUGUCAAUUUGAGGGCAUUCGAUGAGUCGAAUAAGGAACGACCGAAAAUAAUUUGCACUCAGAUAGUCGGUGAAGUAAUUAAAGUCAAAUAGGUUUUCAGGUAAACCUGUGGCAUACAACUG